AUGAAUACUCCACGGACCGACGGAGCGGAACACACGCACAAAAAGCACAGGAAAACGUCAAAAGAGCGCAGCAUGUCAGUCUGCAUUCGUUUCCGACCGCGUUUAACGCCUGUUCCCUCACCAGAUUGGUGGACGGCGUCCGGUAAUAUUAAGGCUACAAGAAACCAUCUUCUUCACAGGCAUCCUGUUCCCGUUUUAAAGGGACGAGGAGAAGGGGACCCAAGAUGCUGCUUGCGGUGGGUGGUCUCCCUACUUAGUUCUAUCUAAUAAUAGUGUGUUCAGGGAUCGACUUCUGGAUCUGGCGUUGCAUGGAGACCAGCAACAAGACACGCAUGAAGAUUGUGCAUCUGAAACGAAUGCAGCAAGGUUGUCUAGGAUCAACAACACGUGGAAGAAUGUAAAUCCUAGACCGAGUAAGCGAGAUUGGAGACAGCGCGUCUUUGACAAGGGUCUAGGCUCUUCAGAGGACACGACGUCGCAAGCGAGCGAGGCAGCGGAAGAGCGACGUCAACGAAGGGUUUUCACGCGAGGAGCGCUACUCGAAGAAGAAUGGAGACGACAUUCAGCGGAUGAGGAGAAGUCGGGGGCGAACGAAGUUGGUGCCGCUAAUUUUAAGGCUCAACUUUCAUUGGUCAUUGAAGUUGGUCACUGACACCGAAGCGGAGACCCCUUGAGACAACACGGGAAAUCUAAGGGGAGCAAGAAGGGGAAAGCUCUGUAAGGGGCCUUGUCCCGUUCAGAGUCAGUGGCCAAUGACUGCUGACCUUUAAUAAUAAUCCUCUGGAUAAGAAAACUCGUCGAAAAAUAGCUAAUCGAGCGUCUUCAACGGAUGCUCCUGUAACAACUACGGACAGCAUCGGUUUUUACGGGUAGGUUAAACGUGUUCUUGUUGCCGUUUGUUUUGCCUCUCCUAAGGGAGAACGGCAGAACAAACGGGAAACACAAACGCCAAAGCUCUACCGCUAAGGUAUAAUGCACCUUGCGCGUACCAGUUGGAGUCGCGUGUUUCACCACGACGUGGACGGACCGAGUGCUGCUUCCUCUUCAUCUCUCAACAUUAAGGCUGCAAAAAAUCCAUCUUCACAGGCAUCUUGGUCUCUUUUUUACAGGGAAAAAGGGGCCUAAGAUGCUGUUGAAGAUGGAUUUCUCUUGGUUCUAAUGACGCCAGCAGCGUAAGAGAGCCAACAAGUAGCGAGUGGCGUCGCGUGGAGGAUGAAGCUGCUAAUGUGCUCGAACGCGCUGCUGACGCAGACGAGACGCUGUGUCGACAAUUGCGCACACUUCAUCAGGAGACACUGACGCGCGUGUUUGAAAGCGAAGAGGAAAAGCGACGUUCUUUAGCUGCCUCUGACAAUGAUGCUAGUAAUAUGUUGGAGAGGACCGCGGGCGGCGAUGGUCGAGACGAGUCUUCGCGUCGAGAAAAACGACGAAACGAGGCUGCAGAGAAAGCGCAUGGUAAAAGAAUAGCAGUGAUUCGUGACAAAUUUCGUGAUGAAACGACGCGAAUGAUACGAGAUUGGCGUCGCUUACGUUUACAGCUUGGGAAGACGGACGUAGUUCGAAUACAAAGGAUGGCUGCGCGCGUGCCUCCUUCACUCCGACCUACCUAUGUUUUCGAUGAUGACACGUCCGCGGCUGUCAUUCGCGGAGGUUCCUCGGGUGUCAUUCUCGGAGGUGAGCAGGCUGCAAGGAUUGUUGAGGAGUCCCCGAUGCUAAAUCUGCAACGCUUUUGCCGCAUAUGGCUAAAGUCGUUCCUGCAUCGCGGUCUGAGCGUCACGGACGUUGCUCGUCAUCGUGGUGCCGGACGCUGGUUGCUAUGGCACUUUCCUGCGAAUGAAAUUUUCGAAAAAAACGACGAUGAACUGGCGCAACGUUCUUUGUCGGCGGAGCAGCGCGAGUUCGCUCGCGCCUACGGUUUCGCUCUGAGUGAGGACGGCGCACGAGAGGUGGUUUGGGUUCCCCAUCGCGCUCUGCAUCGUUGGCAGGAGACCGUUGCGGAAGCUGAGCGCCAUGGGAAAAGCACGUUGGCCGCCCGUCUGCGCCGCUGUGGUCCUGAGGUGCUUGGGUGGACCCUUGAAACGGAGCCGGACCGACCUCAACUUAAGGCUCAACUUGGUCGCUCAACCUCCUUGGUCAUCACUCAGAUUGGGGUCACUGACACGGAAGAGAUCAGGGGAAAACUAAGGGAAAACAAUGCGAGAGGCGGGAGGGCGUUUUCUUUCAGAGACGGUGACUCAUGGCUUCCGACCUCUAAUCAGCACCGCGGGAACGACGAACUGGAGGACGUGGCGCUUCUUUCUGUGGCCGAUCGUGUCUUAGCGGUGAACGGUAUGACGUUGCGCAGAGGCACGCCGCUGCGGCGUGUCUUUCGGCAAGUAAGUUAUGGGUACCGUCAACCCAUCACCAUCUAUAUUUACAAGAACGUCUUUUGGCCAAGUCCUUCUUGGAACUACAAGCUAAAUGGGUUGUCGUUGCCUCCAAGUAAGAGAAGUCUGUCCAGAUUCUUGCUAUCUUUUCGUCUCUUUUCGACCAGCACUAGUUCUGACUGAUCAAGAUGACGAGACUACUUUCGUCGAGGACGAUGGUGCUGACGAAAUGGUCCGAGAGUUCGAGGAACGCGCAAUGAUGUCGGGGAAGCACUCCUCUGAACUACAGGGUCUUCAUUAAGGCAACCGCUGAAGUAUCUUCAGCUUCAUCCCUGGCUCUUUUUCUACUUGAGAAGCUCUCAGGGAUGCGACCGCGGUAGCUCUAAAAACUUCACAAGAAUCACGGGUACGUCGCACGCUCAUCGGACGAAGCCCUAAAGAAAGCAGCGAUGGAAGACAUCCAGAAAAACGCUGAAAACCGACGUCGGAAAUUUCACGGAAAUGUUGCUCAGGCAGAAGGGGAGGGUGAAGCAUCUCCAAGUACUAUAAUGAACAUUGCAGGAGGAGCAGAUAAAUUGGCGACUACUGCUGCUGGCAAAGGUACAACUAAAGGAAAAAAAUCUGAUGGAUCUUCACUCCUUAGUGCCGGAGAAAAUAUGAGUAAGGAGGAUCCGCAUAGCAUUACCCACAAGCUCCUGAGUCAAUUGCACGCGGAUUUGGUUUUUCUUGGCACGUUGCAGAAAAAGACGAUAGUACACGGCAAGGACAAACCGCAGAAAUUCUCGGAGAAGCUAUGGCUUGUUCUUGGAGUAUCUUUCUAUGUAUCUUGUCAAGAACAAGUAUCUUUCUAUGUAUCUAUGUGUAAGGAUAUUUAAUAUCCUGGAACGGGGGGAAGGUGGUUGUACCUUGAACCUUGGACGAAGGUUGUACUUGUUACCAGAAAUAUCGUGUACAACUACGGAAAUCUUCUGUGCUUGACACUUACGUGGUUAAGAUGAAACUUUAUAGGAGCGCCUUGACAACAAUGUAAAGAUAUAUUUAUAAAGUGCAGCUUACAAAUAUGUUUAUAGAUAUAUAGUACUUAUAUAUAGUCUACUUAGUGCUCCAGCUCCUCCUCCACGUCUAACGUACGACGUUCUGCAGAUGGGCCGCGAUCAGAAGCGCAUGCUUGAAGCCUGGCAGCCGGAAGAGAAAAAGUGGUGGGAUAUGCAAAGAGUGCGCAUGGAGGAACUAAACCGGGAACUUCUGCUGUCCGCGGAUGGUAUCCUCGCUGAAGAGGAGGUGCGUGCUGGAGGAGCUGAACGUGGCGGAUUUAGUCACACGACAACUGCAUCGUCUUCUAGUAGAAGCCGUGCUCCCAUUAUUCGUACGCUAGGUCGUUUUGAAUUUGACAUCCCUUAUGCAGUAUUGGAAGAGCGACGGGAGGUUUUCGUAGCUGCUGUACGAAACGAGAUGGCGGAGUUUGCGGCUUGUCAUCGUGAUCAUAUAGAGCUGCUUCUAGCGUCUUCGUGGCGACCGCUGCGGCCUGAUGAGCGCGGCGACGCGGGCGGCGCCUUCAGCAGUCUGUCAGCACUCUUCAGUAGCGAGGUAUCACCUGAGAAAGAAGCUGCAGCUGCAUCGAGCAAGAAAUCUUCCAAUAGCAAGGUCGAGGAUGACGAAAAUGAUUCUCCGUCUACUUCGACGACGGGAGACAAGAAUAAUAGCAAGAAAAUCCCGAUUAAAGCCGUGCCAGUUUUGCACGUGCGAGGUCCACCUUCCGCUUUGGACUGUGCAGCGUUUCAACGACACCAAUUUUCCGUGAAGAAAAACCGGCUUUUCGAACUGACUGUAUGCACCUUUAUCCCGGAUCCGCUCGCGCAUGUCGACGUCACCGGUAGUGCGGCACGCGUUUUAGCAUCGGAGAACGUGAGACUGCGAGACAAACUCUCGGAUGUGACUAAUCACGCGUACUAUCUCGAGAUUUUUCAAAAACUUUGUGUUAAGGGUUGCCACGACAUUGCAAUUGCAUUCAUCUUCGCUGCCAUUCUUGACUUAUGUUUUCGAGUAGGAACAAACGGGUCAACAGCAGGGAUGAUCAUGAUCUGAAGAAUGCAAAGGAGCGGCUGCAGCUUCUAAUUGUGGCCAGUAUGAAAAAGCUAUCGAUGCUUUGCGACUGAAAGACGAAGUGUUACCAGAAUUACGUCGUCUGCAGCCGGUCUUGGUGCGUGACGCAAACGAGGGUCGUGAGCGCCCGUCCGCGAUAUUGCAGAAGCUGUUCCGACAGGGCGUCGUCGCGAUGCCUGACUGGAUCGAUGGAGUGUCGGAUAAAGGAAAUGCAGACAUCAGAAAAAAUCGCACAGCAUUUGCUGAUCUCCUUCCGUCUGGUUCGGCAAUUGUCGAUGAUGGCAAAAAUAAAGAAGAGAACAAAGCAGGCUUUUUCCAAGAUCUUUUCGGGAGUGGCAAAUCAGCGAGCGGUGCCAACGCCUUGGCUGAGGGUGAGCAGGCGGGCGGGCCUUCGCCUCGCACGCUGGACCAGCUGGAGCUAGAAGCAGGUGCUGACGACGAGGAAGCGGGCGAAGACGCAGCAGAGAAAAAGAAUAGCGUGGCUGCGAAGGUGAAGGCGCGACAGGCUAGACGGCGCAAUCAGUUACAGGAGAACACGGCGAUUAAGAACAGUAAGUUGGGUUCGGACGAGUGUCCUGACAUCGGCGCUCUGCUGGAUGAUGACGAUAGCAAGUGCUUCGUCCUGGCUGUGUACUUGCGUGGCGCGAGCAAUGUUCCACAGGCGGACCUGUUUUCGCCUAGUGACCCCUACGUCCAGGUUCGCUGCAUUUUUCGGAACGCUUCGGCAGACGGUGAAAACAGUAGGAAAUCUCGAAGAUCGAGCUCCGCAAGGAGGAGAAACACAGAUGAAGAUGCUGGCGCACAAGAUGAUCCUGUUGAUCAUGCUGAAGCCGACGAAAAGAGCGAUGCCGAGGAAAAAUCCUCUGCCACUUCUUCCAAAGGAGACAGCUCUUCUGCGGUUUCGAAGUACUUGAAUCAGGACGCUUUUCAGUACGUUUCUCCAUCUGUUGAGGUACUGGAUGCUGAUGAUUGGCGGGACCUCCAUUUCAUCAAUCGACGAGCCAUUGGCUGCACACGUGUAAUAACGGAUACGGAGUAUCCUGACUGGCACCAGGUCGUCGAAAUUGAGUUGCGGGAACUAGACGUGCGGUUCGAUGAUAUCAUGCUAUGCACUAGAAAUUAUACAUAGUGGUAAUAUUUCGCUGUUUCGUGCUGAAAGAGAUUCAUACAUGCAAAGAAAAUCAUUUUGCGCUACAACCUUGAAGGAACAUCAACUACAUUCUAUGAUUUUAAUCACGUGGAGAGGCUGUAAACAUAAACUCAUGAUUCUACAAGGUACAGCUACUUACAAUCUAUCCAGAAUCUCUAAGACCGAUUGAGCUUGUGGUGAUCGAUGGCAACGGUCCCCUGAGUGUGAGUGACGAUCCUCUGGGCAAAGUGGAAUUCAUGCUCAAAGAUUACUGCGAAGGCCCUGCGGAGAUCCUACAGUACGACGAUACAGGACGCGGGAAGAGUGUGGGCGCAGUGGGCCGAGUGCUAGGAGGCGUUCUAGGUCUUUCAUAUCAGAUCGUGAACAAUGAGACCGUGAAGUCACCAUAUUUUUAGGUACCGUGAAGACGAAGAUAGUCUAAAUGAACUUGUUUUCUGGAGGUAAGCCUCCAUAAGGCCAUAAGCACGAAGUUUAAAUCAUGAGAACAAGGCAUUUCAACAUAUCCGUUCAUUUUUAGUUCUAAAAAUAUCAUGGCCAUUACAAUAAUAUCUGCGCUACUCUAUGAUCCUUUAUCUACAUUCUGAUUCUUUACUUUUACUUCUCCUAGUUAGAUUGGCUCCACCCAUAAUUAUAUGGUGUAUAGGUGGACGAAGCAUACCCAUACAUUGUUGUACUCACAAGGUGGCAGACGAUCUGCACAAGACGAUCCUGCGGGAGAAGAGGAGAUAUUCUCGUCAGAUCCAUCACUUUUAGAUCCGACAUUAUGCUAUGCGCAGAAUCCGACGCUCGUGCAUCGCCGUUACCGACUGCACACAAUGCGAGUGAAGCCACUACUUGUUUUAUGCUGCAUUUAGAUUAAUAUAGAAGCCACUGCUUGGUUUAUGCUGAAUAAAUUAUACAUAGAUAUCACCCUUUUUAGCGAUUCUGCCCUCAAUCAUUGUUGAGCCUAUUUCUGGUGGUGUAGGUUAAGGUUGUCUAGAGUAAACUUCGUUACCUCAAGUUGAGCAUGCUACUAUAGAUAUCACUUUCUGGCAUGUUACGUCGCUGCAUUAUGAUUGCUUAAAGAGUUCGAUCAUGUUCGUUGUGCUGGUUUACUUGUUUAAAUCUUCUGCCACACUAUUACUACUUAUACACAAGUUAAUUAUAAUAUUCAAUAUCCCCCCUCCCCCACCGAGACCCGCCUUUCGUACUCUUCUUCUACAAGAUGAACUGCAUCCGCACAAACGGCUCCCCUUCAUAUCCCGUGAACUCCGAGACUGGUACAGUUGAACCCUCUACGGAUUACGACCUUGAUCGAUGCCGAUUACAAUUCUGCUGUAUGUGGUCGAUACAAAGCGCGCGAAGACGCGACUUGAGGCGGAAAGUGCGUAACAAUUAAGGCUUUACAGAACAAGCCAGAGAUGAUCAUUGUAGAAGACGAAGAAGCUGCGUCAAGAUGUUGUAUGUGCACAGAAUCAUCUAGGAGAGAACAACUCAAAGACCUCUAAAACAAUCUGCUCGCGAAGAAUCGAGGCUUCAUGCAGCAGGCGUGGGAUUGGUUCCGAGAUACGCUAAUCACUGACGACGUGGCAGUCUUGCCAGAAGAGGAAGGGGAUGGGACAUCAACGAAGGGAGAUGCGAUGAAGAAAAGUCAGAAAGUUACGGACUAGGUGAUGGGCAUCUUCUCGUUAGCAAAUUGGACGAAAAGAGAGGAGACAAUUUAGAGACCCGUGAUCAUGUUGGAGUUCGAUUCGUCACGUACUAUCGAUCUUCUAGAACAACAUACAAUUACAAACUGCAACAAACCUUGAUCUUUUCUUCCUCUUUAAGUAAGCGGCAAUACAAUGCACAUUCUCAUUUCUAAUCCAGACCAGGCUAAGCGCACGACAACUUACGACGACGAUGAUGAGGAAGCGCCGCAAGAGGGGAGAACGAAUGCAGCUAAAAAGGGUGCAAUCGAAGACGCAUACGAAAGCACUUGAUGAUACAUAGCGUCUUGUAGACGGCAUUUUCAAAAUAAAACCAAGUUGUAUUCGAUGGUAGCAUCGGAAACGCACAUACCACAGCAUCUAGAGAAGAGGUUGAAGACUUGCAAUAUCGCCUUUCCGAGGCUACUCAGACCAUGAGUAUCGAGGACCAACGCACUUUGUACUUUAUUUAGAUGGAGGAAAUGUCUUCAGGUUGUACUAGGAUUCUUUCUUGGUCAACAUUGCAGAUCUCAACGUCUCGCAAAGUAUGCCUAUGCUCGUUUUUCGCCUUGGGCUGCUCCUGCUCGUUCGUCUUCUUAUCGAAUUAGUACAUGCCUUAGAGAUGUUGUGAGAAUUAAUGUGUGUCAAUCCUUAGAGGCGUUUGCGUUUCGAACGAGUUAUUCCCACACGCAGGUGAGAUAGAGAUUUUAGAAGCUCACCCCAAGCCCCAGUAUCAAAGGGAAUGAGUCGUGGUGUUUUUUUUGGAAAACCAAAUUCCUACUCUUCAUCAAUAUCCCACGAAGAACUACAGACUGCAUCUUUUUAUCACGAGGUCUCCUUUCGACAUCUACCAAAUAUCCUAGUCAUAUUUUCGAAAAUUCAACAUAGUUACUCACAAAAAUUUUGGGUGAUUUGAAUUUUAGAACAAGUUCUACCAAAUCGAUUUCAUCAUUCUUAUAUCCUCUAGAUGUAGGUAACCCUCUAGUUGUAGGUAAAGGACGUGUAUCUAAAAGAACAGACGAAACGUCGUUCUCUGCAAUGCCUCGUGAUCUUUUUUAGUUUGAUGAGACCGAUCUGAUUUUGAAAGACCAGACGGGGCAUGGAACACCAUUGCCGUUCUUCUUAUUCGUGUCUUCUUUGCCCGG